CAGCGUUACCUAUAAGGUCAUCAAGUGGCUGAUUGAAAUUUUGAAGAUGACUAGGUUCCCAUUACCAUUUGGUCUUGGUCCUGAUCAACAUGUCAUUGAGGGCAUUGACUAUUGGUGGACCGGUUUUAGUUUCUUUGCCCUUAUUUGUAUAUAUGUUUGGCUUCUGCUUUUAUCGGGCAUUCAAUACUCAUUUGCGCUCUUUGUUUUUAUCUAUAAUGGCAUCCCGCUUCUUCAUGGUAUUGCGGUGUACACUGUUUGUUAUUGGCGUCGCGCGUCGUACCCAUACCGGUUAAUUGGUGCCAAGGCCAAACUUAUGAUCGAGGUCAUUCCUAUGAUAGUUGCAGCAGCCAUAAGGGUUUUCACUGAUGAUGAUAGGUAUCUCGUUCUUCUACUGCUAGGCUGCACCUCAUAUUUCUACACCUUUGCCCACUUCCUGCACGUAGCCUAUGAUAUUGGAGCAAAAGACGUAUUCUUGGGAUUAUCCAUGUUGCUUCUUGUUCACAGGCUAAGUGAAGAAUUGUUAGUUGGUGCUUCCGCUUUGAGCUUCUGCCUUUGUUUAAGUUUCUAUAGAUACAUCACAUAUUGUGCUCCUCAAUUACCUAUUCAUCCUACUAAAAAGGAGCUGCCUGUUUAGGAAUUUUGUACCUUUUACACUAUCUCCUAAGUUGUAAGUUAUUUUCUUUGUUGCUUCUAGUCAUUGACUCAAAACUUAUUUGGUGUAGCUUUAUCUUGUGCCCUUCACAGUACUGAAUAUAAAUAAAUUGGAGAGAAGGAAAAACAUUUAGA